UGAGGCAAAGUUCUGUGAAAGGCGCUGUAUUGAUUGAAAGGCGCUUGAUUGAAAUUUCAAAUCAAUCUUACGCCUGCUCCUUAAAUAUUUCACACAGAAGUAAGGCGUUUUGAACCUGUGUUACAUCAUAGACUGGUACUUUAGGUUUUCCAAAGUAACAUACUUCAUUGUGUCGAAACACCCAGUGACCUACAACAUUCUCACUGCCCCACUGUAGCUGCCUACUACAGAACAGGCUUGUCAUGAUUUACAGUCAAAAUCAUUUUAAAUAGCAUUACUGGGGCUAAUGAAGUAUAACCCCUUUAAAGAAGGUAGCAUUAGAGGUCAUGUGAUUUGACACAGACCGAAUAUCAUUAUUUUGGGAUGUGCCAUACUGAAAGUACAAUAUUCUGUCCCAUAUACUAAUCCAAGUCACUGUACCCACUACUGGCCCAGUGCCAACCUGCUUAGUUUUCUGAUAAAGUGGAAUAGCUGUGAAGUACUAUAGUUAUUUGCACAGUCUUUGCUAACUUUUUAAUGUCAAUAGUGCUAGUAAGUUGUGAUUUUUUUAUGUUUAUCUGUGCCUGCUUUCAUAACAUACCUAUCGAUAGCAGUUCUUAAUGUUCUGUGUAUUGUACAAACUAAUUGUUAGUUAUGCUUGCCUUGGAAGAACAGUACAAUGUAAUGUGUUGUGAUGACUAUUUGUUUAAAGGUGCAGUACUUUCUGUACUGUGUCUUAAUUGACACACCUCCUGAUAACACAGAUGUACUUUUGUUAAUUUAUUUAUCCUUCAUAAAAUAAUAUUUUAGGUUUACUUUCUGUUUAGGUUAUUUUCAACUUGGAGAAUCUGUUUUUUUUUCUUCUUUUUCUUUUCCAACUUGGAGAAUGAAGCUUUUCAUCCCUCACAUAGUACCAAACCUUGACCAUAUUGGAUCUUUCCGUAGAGACUGAACCAACAUUUUGAAUUAUUAGAAAUAUACCAUUACCUUUAUAUCUAUAAAACAAGACAAAUAUAAUUGCGAAAACAAAGAAAAACAUUACAGUACAAUAAAACAAGUACACUUUUAAAACAUACACAUGUUUUGUCACGUGAAGUGGGCAUUUUCUAGUUAUGAACUGCAGGGUUAUGGAAUGGGUUAACCAAAUAAUUACAGUCAAUCUCACAGAGGUAGUUAAAUGGGCUGCAUUUGUUUUUACCUCAGGAUGACUCUGGUUCUAUUAUUGAGAAAUGGACACCCAGAAUCAAAAAACGAGGAAUCGCCAUAGUAACCAGCGGACACAAUUCCAUUCAACCGAAAGGAGCAAUAGAAAAAUCCCACUUCAAGCCAGCUUUGAACCAGUAGAUGCAUUGACGGUGGACUGCUUUGUAGACACAUCAUUUGGUUAUGCAAAGAACCAGGCUGUGUCACAAAGCAGAGGAAAGUACUUGUGCUUCCUGGAUGCUGAUGAUGUGAUGAUGCCACAGAGGGUGAAGCUGCAAUACGAAGCUUCUCUAGAAUGCCCAACUUGUAUAAUUGGUUGCCAGGUCAGGAGGGAGCCUGAAGGAUCCACAGAGCGCUACACCCGAUGGAUUAAUGGACUGACUCAAUCACAGCUUCUGACUCAGGUAUUUACCUCUCAUGGGCCCACUGUCAUCAUGCCUAGCUGGUUCUGUGCCCGGGACUGGUUUAAUCAAGUUGGCAGGUUUAACGAGGGGGGCAAGGGUGUCCCAGAAGACCUGCUCUUCUUCUACGAGAGCCUUCGCAAGGGAGGGGGAGUGUACCGCGUGGAUGAGUGCCUCCUGAUGUACCGCUAUCACUCCCAGGCAGCCACCCACUCUGUGCUCGAGGACACCAUCUGGAACCACAGAGUCACGUUUCUGGAAGAAAGGGUCCUAAGCCACUGGGCUUCCUUCACUAUUUGGAAUGCUGGGAAACAGGGGCGGAAGCUUUACAGGGGCCUGUCGUCAGCCAAUCAGAAAAAGGUUGUGGCUUUUUGCGAUGUCGAUGAAAAUAAGAUAAGAAAAGGCUUUUACACCUACGAGGAGUCAAAGGAGAGACCCAAGCCAAAGAUUCCAGUCAAGCAUUUCAAAGAAGCCACACCGCCAUACAUUAUCUGUGUGAAGCUGGAUAUGACAGGUGGCGGUUUGGAAGAAAACCUAUGUUCCCUCAACCUGAAGGAAGGACAGGACUACUUUCAUUUCAAUUGAAGAGGGGAGAAAAUAGGAUUGUCAUUACUAGUUUGUGUAGGGGUAAGGAGUAGCCAGCCACCAAAGCUGUAAGCUGGGCAUGACACAGAUAGCUGCUAUGCCCAUUCCAUACCGCCCGUCUGACUUAGUGGGGACGCAUGUUGACCCCCAGCACAGAUCUAAAGGACACUUUUCUGCCUGUCCAUUUUGGAGUUAGCUCUGUGGUAUUUAACAGCAGGGCAAAUGCAUUUACAGAGAAUUGUUAUGUUUUAAUGUUAGGAGAGUAAAAUACACCAGGGGCCUUAUUCAGAUAAACUAAAUAUAGUCAGUAAAGAACAAUUGUUUAUAUUGAAGUUUCCUAACACAUGUUAUGUUGUUUCAAGUCAUGCUGAAAU